AGAAAUAUUUAAAAAUGUUGUGUCAGUGAUUUACUUUAAAAAAAAUGUUACUUGAAUUUUACCAUUUUCAAAAUGAACAAGGAUUUGAGGAUUUAUAAAUAAUACAGAAAUUUUAAAAAUAGUUGAAUUACAUUAAUUCUUGUUGUAUGAAAACUACUGAUCUUUCCAAUAGCAUUCAAUAUGCAAUCAAUAUUAAUAAUUCAUUGGUAAAGGAAAAGCUAUUCAUUUUUUUUAAAGAUUUUUUCAUUAUAAAGUUUCUCAUUUAAAGUAUCAAUGUUGUAAAUGGUGCUGCAUCAUAUACAAACAUCAUAAAAAUGUCACCACGUACAGAAGUACUCUUUUAUAUUGUCAUCAUUGUGGUAAUUGUUGUAAAGUUAUUAUUUUGGACAGUAUAUCUAUAUAUUAGAAAAAGAAGAAGAUCAAAACAAUUAAGGGAGGCACGUGCUGUGGACAUUUGUUAUGAAGAGCUUCCUGCAGUACCGCAACCUGCCUACGUUUUUAGCGGCUUAUCUCCUGAAGAUAUAAGACAAGUAAUUCUUAUCGAAUCCUUACCAGGAUAUCAACAUAAUGAUCCUUAUAAAGUUAACGCCCCUCCUCCAAAAUACGGCGAAUCGUUUUGCUCAAACGCACUUGACUUUGAAAUAAGCGAACCCUCAACGCGAAGGUUAACAGUAGAUGCGUUUAUACAAAAUGUGGAAACCAGUGAAAUAUCUCAUUUAUUAGAAAAUGAAGAAGAUGAUUAUGUAUGCAUGCCACAUACCACGUAAAACACAUCGCGGUGAACCGCACAUUGUUUGAAACUUUUGCAAUCAAUUCAAUUUAUAGCACAUAAAUUUAGUUGAUCGUUUCCAAAUUUGAUACUUAUCGACAUUUCAAAUAAUAUUUUUGUCACUUAUGCGUCAAAAGCAAUUCAAAUCCUGCGUAAUAUAAUUACGUAGUUUUUCUAGUUUAUAUUUGAAAAGAGGUUUUAUUUUGUGAACAUAUAAAUUUAUUAGACGAUUUAAAUGCUUUUCAUAAAUCCAUCUUGUAAUAAUUGAUACUAAUUGAUAAUUCUCAUUUAUUGUGUUUUCAAGUGAUAAAAAAUAUAAUAUAUUGGCGUGCAGGUUGCAGAUGUAAAUUUUUUAAAAAAAUCAAAUUUUCAAAAUUUAUAGCAGUUAUAAAAAAUUGUCAAUCAAUUUAUUUUUUGACUUGACAUUUUUGUGUGUAUACAUUUGUAAAUAUGUUUUUUUAUUUGAAAUAAUCUUUUUCGGUAAUUUUU